AUGGCGCCGGCAACAGAUGAACUCUCUGCACCUGGUGCAGUGAGUUAUGAUUCGGAGACCAUGGUUGUAGGGGAUGGAACAUGGGACUUUGACAAGAAUACCUUUCUACUGCCAAAUCUUCAGGGCCUCAAUUACGAAACCAUGCGAUACAAUGGCAUGGGAAACAGAUUUUCCACGGUUAAACAAUACCACAGCCUCGUUCUAGCCCACGCCAUCAUGGCUGUGAUAAUAUUCCUCUUCCUCAUCCCCUUCUCCGUCAUGACGGCAAGAUUCUACGCCAACCGUCCCGGCUGGGCCGUCAAAUACCAUGCCCAGGUCAACAUCUUUGCUGGAUUGAUGUUGAUAGCCGUCUUCGUUCUUGGAUAUUUUGCCGUGGGACCCGAGAGAAGCCUGACAAACCCUCAUCAUGGAAUCGGCGUCGCCAUAUUUACCCUCUUCCUCCUCCAACUUUUUGGAGGACGUCUAGUACUCAGGAUCACCAAGUCCCGAUCGCUCCGCAUCAUGCUCCACCAAUGGUUCGGCCGGGUGAUUGCCCUUUUGGGUAUUGCCCAGGUCCCACUGGGUCUCACCCUGUACGGCUCGCCUCUAUACUGUUUCAUUCUCUACGCUGUCUGGAUGUUCUUCCUCCUCAUAUUCUACUUUAUCCUGAGUUGGAGGUCGGCGGAUCGGCGAGAGUAUUACAUGAGUGGAGCGCGGUCGGAAGUGCCUCCCUCUGAGGAUACACGCACACGAAUCACCGAGUCUGAGUAUUUCUCCGACUAUAGGACUGAUCAUACUGGUCAAACUGGUCACACUAGCAAGGCUAAAUGGCUGGGCCCUCUCGCCGCUGGAGUAGGACUUGCGGCUCUCGCCAGAGGACGCAACAAGAACAAGGACGGUGACGACCGUACCCGAAUUCGCAGUCGAUCUCCCUCCCUCGACCGAAGCCGUGGACCUGAAGUCCUCCCGUCCCGGACUGGCUCCGCUAGCUAUCUUACUGGCAUGACAGGGGAAAAGUACUCGGAGGCUCCAACCAGAAAGGCAGAGGGAGGCGGUGGAUUCGCAAAGUUCUUGGCUAUCUUAGGUCUCGGAAAACUAUUUGCCAAAAAGGAUCGAGCUCGAGACGAAGACUAUUCCGAGUAUACGGCUGUAUCAACCGAAACACCACGGCGACAUCGUUCAAGCCGGAGUGCUCCUACGAUGACGGAUUACACAAGGACUGAGUUUACGAGAACCGAUCUUAGCAGGACCGACUUCACCAGCACAGUCACACCGGAACACAGGAGGGAGCCAGAUAUCACCAAAACGUCGCUUAUCCCACCCUCUGGAAGCCGUCGCCCACCACCCGUCAUGUCCCAGCUUAGGAGCGCGGCUGAUGGAACUGAAUCCAUGAUGAGCUCCCCCCCUCCGUCAGUAACGCCACGAGCAGCACGUCGCCCACCACCUUCUCGGCGUAGCUUCUUCGAAGAAUCGGAUUAUUCAUCUUAUGUGAGCCCCUCUCGGCGGCCACAACCUGAGAAACCAAGUGGUGGAUUUGCCAAGGGACUAUUUGGUGGACUCGGUAUGGGCUGGUUUGCCAAGAAGAUGGCAGACAGGAGGAACGCAAAGGAAGAAGAGCGCCUGAGGGACGAGGAGGACUUGAGGUCCGGUACCUCCUUGUCUAGGUUUACUGGAGACGGGCAUCCCUCUCCCACGAGGAGGGCAUCUCGCCGUCCUGUUCAGAGACGACAGACGGGCUAUCCUGCUGCAGAGACGGUGUUGUCAACCGAGAUGUCCGAGUCGACCAUUGAACCCCGGCCUCCUCGUGGCAAUUAUAUCCCCCCUACGGAAAUGAGCACGCUACCACCCGAAACUCUUCCAGCGGCAAGUGGUCAGGGAGCAUCUCGGUCGAGACAAGACAUCGAGCCUGCCUCCAUGCCAUCGAUGCCACCGGAUCCUCAGGGUAUUCUUGCACCUGCACUGGUACCUACUGAGACUACUGGUUCAGGAAUAUCUCCAGGUUCUCGACCUCAUCGAUCUCGCCAGAGCAGACCAGGUGAACGAAGCACAAUCAGAUUGACAGGCGACGACGGAGAACCUCAAGAGCGUUACGCGUCACCGGCCAGUCUCAGUGUCAAGCUCAAGGUCCACGACGACAAGGAAAGGAACGUGACUCUUCGACGGCUCACAGAGGAAGAAGCGAAACGCGCUCGCGGCCGCAGAGACUCUGAGAGCAGCAUCUCCGGACUGGAAUCUCCUACUCAUGGACGGCGACGAUACAGACGAGACUCGAGUCAACGGCGGGCCGAGAUGGGAGCGGAAGAGGCUCCUCUAUCUCCCCCUAACCCGGCCUUUGCCAAGCAACGACGACCCAAGGACUCGGCCUACUACUCUGGACAGCCGGCGCAAGCUGGGCCAUCUGGAAUGACACCGUUUGGAGGCCAAACAGUCUCGAGUCUGGGAAGUAUGGGAGGUCCGGAGAGCCACGGCACAUGGAGUGGUCUAUCUCCAUCCCCUCCUAUAGCAUCUGGACCAACUGCACCUCCUGGGCCACCAACCGACGCUGGAUCUGCGGCGGACAAUAGACGUCGACGACGACAAGAAAGGAGACGAGCCAGCGGAGCUGGUGACAUCCCUCCGACUACCAAUGUUGACAUGUAUGACUAG